AUGGAAGCAGCACAACGGAAUUCAAAAAACAGAAUGAAAGGUACCAUGGAAGUGAAGCCAAUCACAGCUGUUACUAAGGAAAUGAUUAAAUGUUGCCUGAUAAAAGAGAUGAUCCCAAACUUUAAAGCUAAGUGGCCAGUGGGAGCAAACAAGCACAUAUAUAUCCAACAAGACAAUGCAAAACCCCACAUAAAACCCAAUGAUCCAGACUUUUUAGUGGUUGCAAAUACUGAUGGUUUUAAAUUCCAACUAGUAUGCCAGCCUGCUAAUUCGCCGGAUACAAAUGUCAAUGACCUAGGGUUUUUCAGAGCAAUACAGACAUUGAAAGAUAAAAAACCAGCAAGGAAUGUGGAGGAGUUACUCAAGAAUGUUAAAGAUGCAUAUGAUGAAUACCCACCAGAGAAGCUAAACCAUGUGUUCAUUACUUUGCAAAGUUGUUACCAUGAAAUCAUCAAGGCAAGGGGUGGGAAUGACUACAAAAUUCCACACAUGAACAAAGAAAGACUCUCAAGACUGGGGUUGUUACCAGAUUGCAUUCAAGUUGAAGAAACACUUAUAAGGGAAACACUACAGUUCCUGGGAUGUAAGUGCAGAGGGAGAAAUUUACAACCUUGGAGCAGUCAUAGAAGGGCUGGAGCAGGUGGGCAUUACUGA